AUGGCAUCAAUAUCGCAGCUACCAGCAGGCUUUGAGAGCUCCAAUUCACUCUUGAGCGUCCUGGAAAUCACCAAACAGCCCCUCACUUCAGUCCCAGAAUGUUAUGCUCGUACCGUGGAACAAGAACCAGCUUCAUCUCUCUUUGAUGGUCAUAAGGGCACCUUCCCAUCCAUCCCCUCCAUUGACAUGACCAAAUUAGUUGAGGCAGAAGCCUCAGACUUUGCAGAUCAACUGGAAAAACUGCACUCAACUUGCAAAGACUGGGGCAUCUUUGAGUUGGUGAACCAUGGAGUUAGCCCUACGCUGUUGGAGAAGCUGAAGCAGGAGAUUGAAGAAUUCUUUAAGCUUCCCUUGGAAGAGAAAAUGAAAUAUAAGAUCAGGCCAGGUGAAGUUGAAGGCUAUGGAUCCGUAGUCAACACCAAAGACCAAAAGCUUGACUGGGGUGACAGGGUCUACAUGAUAACCAACCCUAUUCAUCGAAGAAAGCCUUAUCUCUUCCCAGAGCUCCCUUCAUCCCUCAGGAAUACCUUGGAUUCAUACUUGCUGGAAGUGGAUCAGCUGGCCAUGAGACUUCUUGGGUUUAUGGGGAAGGCUCUGAAGAUAGAGAUGAGAGAGAUAGAGGAGAUGUUUGACGAUGGGAUGAGGUCAGUGAGGAUGACAUACUAUCCUCCAUGCCCACAACCAGAGCAGGUGAUAGGGCUCUCACCUCACUCAGAUGCAACUGGGAUCACUAUCCUCAACCAGCUUAAUGGAGUUGAUGGUCUCCAAAUCAAAAAAGAUGGGGUUUGGAUGCCUGUCAACUUCCAAAAAGAUGCCUUUGUUGUGAAUGUAGGGGACAGCUUUGAGAUUCUGAGCAAUGGAGUGUACCACAGCAUUGAGCACAGGGCAAUGGUGAAUUCAGAGAAGGAAAGGUUGUCAGUUGCAAUGUUCAUAAACCCUAAGUUUGAGGCAGAGAUUGGGCCUGCGAGAAGCUUGAUAACCCCACAAAACCCACCACUCUUCAAAACAGUUGGGAUGGAGAAGUACGUCAAUGAUUUCUUCUCCCGCUAUAAGCUUGAUGGAAAGUCAUACUUGGAUCAAAUGAAAAUCUAA